UGGAAAGGUAACCGGGCGCGUGUGGAGAGGAGGAGGAGGAGGAGAGGGUGACAUUAUUCUACAUCACAUCACACGGCGUUACAUGGCGUCUUUUCCAGCGACGCACUUGCUCGUAUUCGCUGUUUUUCUCCCAUAGACUCUUUUAUGUUUUGACUUGCACGCGCAGAUUUGUGUCCGUCAUCAUUGCGGACACGUUCCAACAUGCAUUGAUGCACAGGCGAAGGCGAUGGGUUCAGGUGCAUCCUAUUCCUGUCUGAUCGUUUAUCAAAUAGAAUCACCAUCGGAGAUAUUUCAGUACCAUAUAUAUAUAUGCGAGGUGUGUGGGAUUUCUGCGGCUAAAUAAAUGAAGAACAUGUGGCUUUCCCUCGAGAAUGAUUGCUUAUGGAGAGGUGAGCGAAAUUAUUUACUGAAACCGAAGAAAGACCUAUGAUUUUAAGGCAGACAUUCUGGUAAUUAAAAGAAAAACCUGCAACGUACAAUAAAUUUACCCCCUGGAUAUCAGCAAAUCUAUCAGGCCAGAGUAUGCCAUCUUCACCAGCAUAUAGAAUCCUGCGACCCCUCCUGCUCGGUACCUUUGUACUGGGAUGCUUUGUGACUCUGUUUUUAAUGUACAUCAAGCCAUCUACAAGUUGGCUGUCAGGCCCCGUUGAGUCCGAAACAUCCACGGUGCGAGUGAAAAGCCUCCUUACCAACCGAAGUGACCAGAACCAGACCACAAUCCUAGUCUGGCUUUGGCCUUUUGGGGAAACCUACGACUUGAAUGUCUGCAGCUCUUUGUUCAGCAUCGAUGGCUGCUUCAUCACCGCCGACCGAAACCUUUACAACAAAUCCGAUGCCAUUGUCAUACAUCACAGGGACAUCACCAGCGACCUGACCAACAUGCCACCUGCAUAUCGCCCUAUGCUGCAGAGAUGGAUCUGGAUGAACUUUGAGUCACCGUCGCAUUCAUCUCAGUUAGCUGGUAUUGAAAACCUGUUUAAUUUAACUCUUAACUAUCGGCAGGAUGCUGAUAUAGAAGUGCCUUAUGGGUCGAUUGUCGCAGCCCAAGGAGAGGAGGAGUUUGUGCCGCCAAGCAAGAAUAAGCUAAUUUGUUGGAUUGUCAGCAAUUGGAAUCCGGAUCACGUACGGGUGAAGUACUACAACGAAUUGUACAAACACAUUGAGGUUCAUGCGUAUGGGCAAGCGUUUGGUGAGUACAUUUCUGACCAAGACUAUUUCCCAACAAUCGCAAGCUGUAAGUUCUACCUGGCAUUUGAGAACUCUAUUCACAAAGACUAUAUUACAGAGAAAUUGUACAAUCCGCUCUCUGUCGGCACGGUACCAGUAGUGCUCGGACCACCAAGGGAGAACUAUCAGAACUUUGUGCAGGGAAAUGCAUUCAUUCAUGUCGAUGAUUUCCCUUCUCCAAAGGAGCUGGCUGAUUACCUCCUGUUCCUUGACAAAAAUGAGGAGCUUUACCUGAAGUACUUUGAGUGGCGUAAACACUUUAAGGUGAAAAAGGCAUACUUCUGGGCUGAACAUACAUGUCUUGCUUGUGAUUAUGUGAGAAGGCACAACGAGUACAAGGCAAUUAACAAUCUUGACAAGUGGUACUGGGGUUAAUCCACACACAAACUUCUGGACCAGCUUAAUAAAAGUCGCUUGACGAUAAGAACUUCAUGUUACUGAAUUCCAGUGACGGUCUGUUGUUGGCAUUUACAGACAAGUGACUUUAUUUUUGUAUAAUGUCCCAAAAAAGUUGUUAAUUUAUUUUGAGGUCAGUUUUGUUCAUGCAUAUUUAUUAAUCUGGAUGCAAAUCAUGCAUUUUAUUGUAUAUUAUUUUGUAUUAUUUCUGCUUUUUGUUUUAAGCAUGUGUUUGAAAAGCUAAUUUUAAACCAAAAUGAAUUUAAAAUUCAAUUCUACAAGUUCAAAGCUUUCUCAUACACCUACUGUUGGUACACAUCCAGGAGGUACCACUGAGACAAUAAUGUUUAUUUAAUGACAACAGAGCACUUUUUGUAACUGAGAUAUUUUUGCUUUAUUUAAAACAUAGUUGUGUACAUGUUAGUGAUAGAGUCAUCUAUGCAGUGUUUACAAAACUUUUGUUGUGCAAAAUGUCCAUGUACUGUAAAUGUAAUGUGUAUUGUGUGUAUUUUGAGGAACCCUGCCUUCCAUUUCCAUGAUUUUGUAUGGAUGAUGUUUUGCACGACAAUUAACGCACUCAUUUUUUUUUACCAUAGUGAUCAACGUAGUGCAACACUGUUAUUGGAAAACAAACAUGCAAGGAGUGUCAUUGCUGAUAAUAAUGUUUUUGUACUGUAUAACUGCUGAUUAUAUCACUGUUAAUUAGCUUACAUGGCUUGGAUACAUUUCAAAAGUACUGUGAAGCUGUUUUUGAAAUAUUUAAAUGUUACAUUACCUUUGUUCAACAGUGAGAUGUAGAUUUGAGAACAAGAGGCUAAUACUGUAUAUAUACAGUCAUGUGUGGGUGGUGCCAUAUUUCACAGGCAUGCAUAAAAUAUUUGUCCAAAAGUUGCCAAAUGAGUAGACGCUCUCGGAUGUACAGUUUGAGGAAAAUGAAAUCAUAAUGUUAGAGGCAUAAUGACUGACUUUUCCAGUUUAGACACAAUCUGGUGUUGGAAUGAAAAGUUGCCGUCUUGUCUCGGUUAGAAAGUAAUGCUCCAGUUUCAGAUGUUUGCUGCCAAAAGUUCCUUUAUCAAAAGAGAUGCUUCUCUCUGAUCUUUUGCUCUGGAAUUCACACCAUCGUAUUUCUCAGAUCAGCCUUCCUUUAAAGGUGCAAGACUGUUUUUGUUAUGGUUACAUAAACAGAAUCAGUCUAAUAUUAGAUGAGGGUUUCAGUGGAGAAAUCCAUUAUUGAUCACUAAGGGAGAGAGCAAGUUCAGCUUCUGAUGGCAGAUGUUGCAAUUCCACAUUGCUUAUACUCUUUGUAUGGACAUACACAUUAACAGAUGAUUUUUUGGAGCUGGCUUUUUGUAUGUAAGGGUUAUUGGUUAUUUACAGGCUCAAUUCUUGCUGUUUUAAUGCCUGAAUAACACAAAUGUUUUUGGGUUGUUGAAAGACCCAAUGAAAUCAGAAUUGGAGCUUUGUGACUUUCAUUCAAUGCUCUUUUGCUUUGAGGCCAUUUUUAUUUUAGUCUACUCCUAAAAGUUGGCAAAAUUAUCUUACAGUUGGUAUAGGCUAUGCAUUACACUCUUUCUAGUCUAAAGUCUUAUGACCCAGAAGAGAGUUAGAAUUUUUGAGCCAUGGGUUCCCCAAGGAUUUUCAAAUGCGUUUUUUUAACAUGGUCAUAUAGGAACAUGUUACUGUACCACCUACAUUUUUGCAAAAUUAUUUCUACGUGGCUCGUUGUAUGUAUUGCAGCAGUUUCCUGGUGAAAUGAACACCAGAGGCGCUACAACAAACAUUACUUUUAUUCCCUUUUGCACGAAGUUAAAGGGUAGAUUAUCAGUUCAUAAACACAUACUUUUCAGCCGGUUCCUCACACAAUGCGAUCUAAUGACAUCUAAACAAUUUUACAGUGUACAUGACUUGUAAGGUGAUACAUUUUAACAUUUGCAUUACAAAACCAGCUGCAUUAAUAAGCUCAUUCACGCACAAAUUGUACGGUUGCUCAACUGAUAGAGAGCUGCGGAUGCGAUGCAUAGGACUGGGGUAUGAGUUCUGAAGAGCACAAGAGUUGACACGAGUCGAAAGUGCCAUAGAAGCACCACAAAAUGACGCGGUUGAUUCAGCAUUGUGUUUUCAUCUCACAUUUUCUUUUUCUGACACUAUCGAUUAGGUUUAGGUUUAAGUGUUAGGGUAGGGAGGUAGGUUUGUUGAUUUAAAACUGGAUUGAGCGUUAACCUUAAAAACCUCAUCUGUUUGGGAAAAAAUGUAACUUGUAUUUGGCACCACUCUAUGGACAUUUUACCUCGAAACUGCUACAAUGUGUGCAAUAAACCACGUAAUAUCCUGUAAUAUAGCAAAAAUGUCGCUACAAUCAAAGUUUUUUUCUUUAUGAGUAAAAUUAGGUCUGUGACCAGUACUUGAAGUUGCUAAUACAGUAAUUUGCUAAAUAAGGACUACAACUACAACCAUUCUAAAAACCAUUUGGAAAUUUCAGAGGGAACCCAUGGCAAAUUAACAUUUAAGAGUCAGCCUGCAAGCUGAUGUCAUGACUGAACAGCUCUAUAGCAAGCUGUAAAUCAUUGUUCACAGCUGGGAAAUAACUAAAGCCUGUUGGCUAUUCAAACAAAAGGGAGGAUGCACUUUUUUAUAUGUCCCGCCCAAAUUUAUUGUUUUAACAGGAAAAUCCAUCAACACGGGAAAGAAAACAACUUGUCAUGAGAUUUCAUGUGAUCUUAUAAUCCUCAUUGACAAUAACUAAUUUUUAACUUUUGUAUUUACCAUGCCAUCAGGGACCAUGCUAUUAAAAAGCAACAUUUAACAAUGUUGUUAUCUGUAUAUUACUCAAAUGUUCAGAAACUGUUUAAUGAGCCGUACUGUUUUAUAUGAAUUAAGAAAAACCAAGAAAAUGUGUAGUCAUACAAGCUACACUACACAUCUCAGAUUAAUGUUUGUUUGAAGAUAAUCAUUUUGCUGGGAAUGCCCUUUAUGUAUUGUAAAUAGCUGUAAUGUUGGAUGAUCCCUAACCUGUGGCGAAUGCCAUGAGGAUGAAUGUGCUGAAAUGAAAUGAAUAAAGCAAGCCUUUGCACCAAGGAAGAAAAGAGGAGACGUCUGCUACUGAAGACAAAGAUGAUAGUGUUAUGCAGAGGCCAUUUUCCGUCCCUGAGGUAUUUUCAACAAUGAAAAUCUGUAUAGUUUUUUGUGGAUAAGUGCUAAUCCUUUUGAAAAUGCUGGACUGUUGUCAAGGAGAACUUUAGAUGAAAGUUUUUCUCAUUCUCAAGAAUGUGAUUUUUUGUGCUUAGUCAGAAACACAUUUAAAGGGAUAGCUCACCCUAAAAUGAAAGUUCUGUUAUCAUGUACUCAUCUCCAUGUUGUUCAAACUUUAUUUCUUCCAUGGAACACAAUAGGGGAUGUUAGGCAGAAUAUAAAGGACCGACAGCCUCAUUACCAUUCACUUCCAUUACAUCUUUUUUUUCCCAGUCAGUAAAAGUGAACAGUGACUGAGGCUGUCAGUCCCGAACAUUCUGCAUAACAUCUCCUCACUGUUUGGAAUGACAUGAGGGUGAGUAAAUGAUGACAUAAAUUUCAUUUAAGAGGUAAUCUAAUUAAAAAAUGUGAACUGUAAAAUAAGAAAGACAUGUUUAUGGUUUCAUGUUGUACAAAGUGAAUCAGAGAUUGCUUAUUUGCUUGCGGACCAUAAUUACUGACUUGUUUUGUUGUCUCUCUCUCUCUCUCUCUCUCUCUCUCUCUCUCUCUCUCUCUCUCUCUGUCUCUCGCUCUCUCUAUCUCCUGUGCACAACUGUUUGCUGUGACCUCAUGGUACCCUUUAAAACAGCCUUUGCAUUUUGAGUGUGUUAGUGGUGUCUGACUCAGAGCCCCUGCUGACUCAUACAUUGUAGGCUGGUCGCACAGACUCCGGCAUGGAGUAUGAUAUCUCCUCUAUGCAUUAUGGACUUGAAUGCGAAAUGACCCACAUUCCUAUUGUGCAAAGGAACGCGAGGGUGUAUAGAACUGUUCAUUGCAACGUAAAUGGACAAAACAUUGUUAUUUGCCAAAUGAUUUAUUGUAGAUGUCUGUUAGUAAAAAUAAAGACAUAAAAAAUAAAAAUUACAUUUGCAGAA